GCGCAAUCUCGCAUCAUCAGAGCCGUCUCUCCAAUAUUCAUCUUACUUAGAAAUUAAAAAGAGACCCUCUUCUCAUAUAUGAAACCCUCAAUCACACGCAGCAGUUGCAGUAGGAAUUAGUUCAUCAACUCUCACAUGGCUUCUUCCAAGUCUUCCUCCUCACCUGCUCAUCCGUCUUCUAUGCAAAUACCUUUUCUUAUCUGUCUUCUUCUCAUCUCUCUGCUCCUCCUUCUCUCUUCCCACUCACUUAAGCCCCAGAAAUCCCCACCUCCUAAAUUCACCUAUCGCCUGCUUCGUCACGAAGAACAAGAAAUCGCAGAACCUCCGGCUUGGUUCGAUUUCAUAGCAAGACAUCUAAAGACCGACAGGAUCAGGGUAGGUCUCGUUAACAUCAAUCAAAAACUCGACGCUAGCUUAUUACAACACCUGCCUCCGCGAGUAGAGACAGUGCCUGUCAAUUUUGAUCGUGUUGAUGAGAAUUUGAAAUGGAAAGACUUUUUUCCAGAGUGGAUUGAUGAAGAUCAGAAACGGGGCCCACCGAGGUGCCCGAGAAUGCCGAUGCCGGUGACUCGCCGGGAUCUAAAUGUGGUGGUGGCCAGGGUUCCGUGCGGGAGGGAGGAUGAAGGAGUCAGGGACGUGUCUAGGUUACAGGUGAACUUGGUGGUGGCGAAUCUGACGGUGGAGAGUGGGUGGUUGAAUGUUGACUCUCAUCGAACGGUGUAUGUUGUGUUCGUUGGGAGAUGUAGUCCCAUGAUUGAGAUCUUCAGAUGCGAUGAUCUGGUAACGCAUGAAGGCGAGUAUUGGGUGUAUAAGCCUCAGUUAACCAGGCUCAGGAAGCUAACGCUUAUGCCUGUAGGUUCAUGCCAGAUUGCUCCCAAUUUUGUAGAAACAGGUAAAGAGCUAAGGGGGCAUUAUAUGUCACAAUCAGCCCAAUUGAAGAACAACAACUCUACCACGCGGGCCCCGAGAGUAGCCUACGCCACAAUCCUUCACUCUUCAGAAGCUUACGUUUGUGGCGCAAUAGCUUUAGCCCAAAGCAUCCUUCACACCCUUAAACACUAUCCCCUCAAGCCCAGCGCAGACUUAAUCCUCCUUGCUGAUAAAUCCAUCAGUCCCAAAUCCACAAGAGGCCUUCAAGCCGCAGGCUGGAAGAUCAAGCGCAUCAAACGCAUCCUCAGCCCCUUCGCCAAAAAGAAUUCAUACAACCGAUGGAAUUACAGUAAGCUGCAACUGUGGAAACUCACACAGUACGACAAAGUCAUAUUCAUUGAUUCCGAUCUCCUGGUCCUGAAGAACAUCCUCGACUUCUCCGCUUACCCUCAGCUCUCAGCCGCACCAAAUGAUUUCUCGUUUUUCAAUUCUGGGUUGAUGAUAAUUGAACCAUCCCAGUGCUUGUUCGACGAGAUGAUGAAGAAAAGAUUCGAAGUGGAGUCGUACAACGGAGGCGAUCAGGGCUUUCUGAACGAGAUAUUCACGUGGUGGCAUAGAUUGCCUUCGAAGCUGAAUCACCUGAAGUUUCACGAACGUCGAGGGAACAAGGAUGCAGAGAAGGAGACGGAACUGGAGGGUGUUUAUGCUAUACAUUAUCUGGGAUUGAAGCCGUGGAUGUGUUAUAAAGAUUAUGAUUGCAACUGGGACCUGAAGGAUCACCGUGUGUUUGCGAGUGACUUCGCCAACAGGAAGUGGUGGCAGGUUUAUGAAAAGAUGCCCAAGGAUCUGCAAUCUUACUGUGGGCUGACCAAGAAGAUGGACGAGAGAUUGAUGAUGUGGAGGAGCAGAGCCAGGAACUCCAGUCUGGACAGUGGCCAUUGGAAGAUUAAGAUUAAGGAUCCCAGGAGGAAGCAUUUUGUAGGAUGAGGGUUGAGGCCGAUCCUGCCUACAUUUCUGCCUUUGCCGUUCUUCUUCGUUGAUUAUAAUAUAGUGCCGUUCUUUUUGGCAUCAUCUUAUGCCACGGCAAGCUUCGGUAAGGAAAGUACCAAUUCCCCAGAUUUUCUUUUCUUUAUUAUUAAUGAAUAUAUAUAUAUAUAUAUAUAUAUAUAUAUAUGAGACACAGGUAUUUUUGAUUUAUAUGACUUCUCACCCUGACUAACGGAAAAUUAUGUUGGACCUCUUGUCCAAGAUCCAUUAUUUCUUCGCUUAUCAAUCUUUGUUCCGUACCACGUGAAGGGUGGAAUAUGAUAAAUGGUUUGACGUCAAUC